CAAACAAUCAUCUGUUUCAGAGUUCACUUCCAUCAUAUCAGUUACUAUUUAUUUUAUCAACCUUUUUCUUCGUUCGUGCAGAGUUGAUCAAGUGAAACACAAUGGCAGCUACUCCGAUGAUUUGGUUUACAGUUUUCCUCGCUUGUUCCUGUUACUUUGUGCUUGGAAAGCCGCUAAAACCUGAUGGUUCGCAUGUUUGCAAGUACAUGGAGGGCCGACAGGUCCAAAGGAAUGUUUCGUAUAUUACUUCAAAGCUUGUUUCUGUGAGACGAAAGUAUGUUACAAAUUGGUGGUCUACGCAAUACAGAACUAUUUACAGAAUGCAGAGCGCGGUGGAGUACAUGAUGAGGACAGUAUGGGAAAAUUUUCCAGUUUACUAUUGUUGUAGUGGAUGGAUGCAAUCAGAAGGCCGUCAAGAAUGUAGUACGCCAAUCUGCGCAGUGGACUGCAUGAAUGGUGGGAAGUGCGUAGCUCCUGACAAAUGUGAGUGCCAAUCUGGGUUUGAGGGAGAGUUUUGUCAGAACGACGUGAACGAAUGCAAGGAUGAAUCUAAAAAUAAUUGUGAACAAGUAUGUGAAAAUACUUGGGGAAGUUUUCGAUGUCGUUGCAAGCGAGGUUUUAAGGCCCAUCCAGAGGAGACAAACAAAUGCAUCGAUACCGACGAAUGUUCCCGCAACCCGUGCACGUGCGCCCCGGAGGAUAGCAGUAAUUGCACCGCGACUUGUGUCAACUCUGCGGGAAGCUAUGAGUGCCGCUGCAGUAAAGGCUACAUUUUGAAGUAUGACACCUGCCAUGAUAUCAACGAGUGCAUCGAUGGCGUUUGUGAACACCAUUGUAUCAACCUGCCUGGAGGUUAUGUUUGCAAGUGCUUGGAUGGCUUUGAGUUGGAUGCAAAUUCUAGCAGCUGCGAAGAUAUUGAUGAGUGUAAAAUUCAAAAUGGUGGAUGCAAUCAUAAAUGUCAUAAUGUCUACGGAGGUCACGUCUGCAGCUGCAAGGACGGGCAUUAUCUUGGCUCCAAUCGAAGGACCUGUAAAGCAAUAAAGCCAGACGUUAAAGUAUCAUUGGUUUGCGCUGAUCAAACUGACAACUUUGUCUACAUCUCUUGCAACUGGCCUACAGAAAUAAAAGUUAUGUCUGCCUUUUAUGGACGUGUUGCCUCUGACGUGUGCAUGUACAAAAACUUCACUACUGAAAAGGCUUGUUCGUAUGAUGGGAUAACUGAACUGAUUGCUAAAAAAUGUGAUGGAAGAACAACCUGCUUCCUUGGCGCCACGGAUCAAGACUACCCGGAGCUGAAAGACCCUUGUCCUGAUCUCAGCAAGUAUUUGAAAGUCAGCGCACAAUGUCAGUUCAGAUGAACAGAGGUAAAGUCCCUUUUGAUGGACUCUUUAUUUUCAAAAAUUUAAUUGAAGUAUCUGAGACUGAAUAAUUAAUUUUAAUCAUAAGUGCCUUUUCUAGGAGAGUUUUUCUCGAUUUAAUGUUUGCUUUGACGAAAGAACAUUUUUUUAGAAUGUUCACCCAAUGAAUGACGUAAAAAAGA